UGGCCGUCGGGUUACAAUCAGUGGAUGUAUAGUGGGUUUUUUCGUCGGAAUCAAGUAACAACAGAGUGGGUCGAGAAAACUAAUGUGUUUUUGAAAAAGAUAUUCCGUAGUCCAAUGAGGAUGGUGCCAGAAUGUCCGUGUGCCAGAUGUAAGAGACGUAUCCGCAGAGAUAAGAGUGAGAUGACUAAGCACCUUCGCACGCAUGGAUUUAUGCCCAACUUUAAUAUGCCGAUAAACUUUGCCCAGCAGGACCGUGGUAGAGAGGAUGUGAUACGACAACGCGUCGCUGGUUAUGAGGAUGAUGGGGUUAGAGACAUGCUAGAUGAUGUCUUUACUGCACAGCCGACAUCUCCGUCACAUUCAGCGAAUGAACCGGAGGAACCGGAGGAAACCGCAAAGGCCUUCCUGGAAAUCUUGGCCUCGUCAAAGAAACCUCUCUAUGAGGGUGCCAAGCUGUCUGUGCUGGAUGCCAUCUCGCAACUGAUGGCAGUCAAGGCUGAGUACGGCUGUAGCCGAGGUUGCUUCGAAGCAUUUCUGGGAGUAUGGGCUAACAGCCUGCCUGAGGGCCAUGAACUGCCGAAAACCAUAUACGCUACGAAGAAAAUCAUGAAGGCGCUCUCCAUGGACUAUGAGAAAAUACAUGUUUGUCCAAAGAAUUGCCUUUUGUUUAGGCAUGAGUAUGCGGAUGAAAAGUACUCUAGGAAGUACGGUUCCUCUCGGUAUAUUGAGGUGGUCGAUAAGCAUGGUCAGAAGCAGCAGCUAAAAAUCCCUGUGAAGGUUCUUCGGUAUCUUGAUUUUAUAAAAAGACUGCAGCGCCUUUUCAUCACCGAGGAGUCUGUCAAAAUGAUGAAGUGGCACAAGGAAGGGAAAAGGUACAAUCCAAAAAAAAUUAUACAUCCAUCAGGAGGUGAAGCAUGGAAGUCAUUCGAUAGUACCCGGAGGAAGCAGCCGAGGCUGGGAAUGUCAGAAUUGCUAUAACAGGUGAUGGGUUCAAUCCAUAUGGUAUGUCGUCUAAUCCAUAUAGCUGUUAGCCCAUAUUUGUUAUUCCGCUCAAUCUCCCUCCCGGCGCCAUAAUGCAACGCAAGACCAUGUUCCUGUCGCUUAUAAUUCCGGGAUCUGAAUAUCUGGGGAAGAAUUUGAGUGUGUUUAUGCAGCCGUUGGUGGAUGAUUUGCACCAUUCUUGGUACUUCCCGAGGUUGACAUACGACCGACAUCUGCAGAAAAAUUUCUUGAUGAAAGUUUGGCUACAAUAUUGCAUGCAUGACUUUCCCGGUUAUGCCCUGUUCUGCGGAUGGUGUACAAGUGGAAAGAUGCCUUGCCUAGUGUGCAUGCAGGCCUUGAUUUUCAUUUGGCUGAAGAAGGGUGGCAAGUAUGUUGCAUUUGACCUGCAUCGACAGUUUCUCCCUCCAGACCAUCCUGAUAGGGAAGACAAGAAGAACUUCACAAAAGGCAAAGUUGUCCAUGAAGUAAACGAGAUUCCAAUGUUUUCUGGUGCGGAUGUGCUUGCUCAGCUGAAAGCUCUUAAGCCUGCCGUUGAAGGGAAAGGCAAAGGCAAAGGCAAAGGCAAAGCCACGGGCGAAGACGAGGGCGAGGGCAAAGGAAAAGGGAAAGGGAAAAAAAUUGAAGGAUAUGGUGAGACGCACAACUGGACUCACAUUACCCCCUUCACGCAGCUUCCCUAUUUUAAGGACCUCAAACUUCCAUACAACAUAGACGUGAUGCACACCGAAAAGAAUGUCGCAGAGUCCCUUUUUCACACGAUCCUUAACAUUCCUGAUAAGACAAAGGAUAAUGUUAAUGCUAGAGUUGAUCAACAGAAUAUUUGUGAUAGACCACGUCUACACAUGCAGCCUCCCACGGGCAGUCGAAAAUCUUGGUUCAAGCCAGAUGCUGACUUCGUACUUAAAAAGGAUCAUAAGAUGGAGGCAUUCAAGUGGCUGAAACACAUCGUGAAGUUCACUUAUGGUUAUGCGUCGAAUAUAAGUAAGGGGGUCAAUCUUUCAACGGGCAGAGUGACCGGGCUCAAGAGUCAUGACUAUCAUGUAUGGAUUGAGCGGAUUAUGUCGGUGAUGGUUCGGGGCUAUGUUCCCGAGCGUGUCUGGCGUGUGCUUGCGGAGUUAAGCCAUUUCUUCCGCACGCUUUGUGCUAAAGAAGUAUGUCCUGAGAAGAUAAAAGAAAUGCAUAAGAAGGCGUCGGAGUUGAUAUGCAAGCUAGAGAAGAUCUUCCCGCCAGGCUUCUUUACUCCGAUGACACAUCUCAUUUUGCACCUCCCGAAUGAGGUAUUGUUGGGGGGCCUAUGCAGAAUCGUUGGUAGUACGGCCCUGAGAGACAGAACAAGCAUCUGAGACAGAAAUGUGGAAACAAAGCUAAGAUUGAAGCUUCCAUAGCUGAGGCAGUUAUCCUAGAGGAGGUGGCAGACCUCAGGACAGCCUACUAUCCAGACCAUGUUCCCACGUUGCACAAUAAGGUGUCUCGAUACAAUAUAGAAGAACCCAACUAUAAACCCAAGUUGCCUCUAUUCAUCGGGCAAGGUGGUAGGGCUGGAUGCUCGAAACCUUAUCUCAUGCCACGAGAUGAGUGGGAGGAUGUCAUGUUCUAUAUCUUGCACAACAUCAAGGAAGUUGAGGAUGAGUGGAUGAGUCGAUUCGUUGAAGAAGAAUGGACGGGAAUGCUGCCUCCUACUGAAGCGGAGGCACUUGCUCUUCUCCGAAAGGGUGCUGAUGGAAGGAAAAAUUUCGUUGCGUGGUUCAUGGAAAAAGUAAUUUUUCACACUUCCCUAUUACCUAUUUCAAUUAAACUCAUGCACCCUAUAAUUUCAAUUAAACUCAUGCACCCUAUAAUUUCA